GGACACUUCAACUGUUCUCCUCAAGCAACAAGAGCCCCCUUAGCCAUACCCAAGUCAACCCGCACGCAUAAAGCUCAGGGAGACUCUUCAAUCCUAGCUGUGGUUUGGCUUAACUCUCCAUCAUGGCGUCCUCCCGCUCGCAGUCCUGGUUGUCGUCAUUUUUCGCAAUUGUAACGAUCCUCACCCUAUCAACACCCGUCCACUCGCUUUACUUCUUUGUCCAGCCACGCCAGCAAAAAUGCUUCUACGAGGACAUGCCGCAAGGAACUCUAGUAGUUGGUACCUACAAAGCGGAAGUCUACCAGCCAGAAACCGGCUCCUACGUCUCGGAUCCUAGCCUCACCCUUACCAUCACAGUCGACGAAACAUUCGACAAUGAUCACCGCGUCGUAUCCCAGCGCGGAAAGGAUGCUGGACGCUUCACUUUCUCCGCCGCAGACGCUGGUCAACACAAGCUCUGUUUCACCCCAGAGACCGCUAAUGGAGGAUGGCUCUCAGGCUCCGCUGCAGUAAAAUUGGCCCUUGACAUCGCCAUUGGAGAAACGAGCAAAAUCGAAAGCGAAGAUAAAUCCAAGAUGGAGGAUAUGGCUCACAGAGUCAAGAGUCUGAAUAGCAGACUACAGGACAUCCGCCGAGAACAGGUUUUCCAACGGGAACGAGAGGCCCUAUUCCGCGACCAAUCCGAAGCCACCAACGCGCGUGUCGUCCGCUGGACUUUAAUCCAACUUGUCCUCCUCUCAUUAACUUGCGCUUGGCAGCUUUCCCACCUCCGAUCGUUCUUCAUUAAGCAGAAGCUUACAUAAUUUGGAGUAUUUCUUUUUUAAUACGAUCUCCUGAUGCCCACGGGUCUUUGAAAUCCUAUUCGGAGGGAGACUUCAUUGCUUUUUUGUUUUUUUAGCCUGCCAAUGAGGCGCGUGAGGACCCUAUGGGAUUAGACAGGAGUUGUUCGUUCGGAAACUCGUACAGUCCUGAAUUGAUGCGGUGAGGUACGCAUCGUUGAGCGCUUCGACUUUUUCCUUUUAAGAGUUUCUUUCCUUUUGUGAAUUGAAAUGUGUAUGGGUAUAUUAUGGGCUUAUUCAUGACUAUGUCAAUUUAUCACCCCCUGUGAUGUUUAAAGGUAAAAUCUGCGUGAAUAUUAUUUCUGGCGAUUUACCAUAAUCUAUAUGUUUUUUUCUCGAAAUUCUCUUCCUCACCCCUUCCAAGUCAACAUAAUUUUACUCCCAUUUUAAUUUUAAGACUUGGAUCAGCUCUGGCCAUGUAAGUACAUCGCCCGCCUUCCUCGAAGCCAGAUACGUAUAAGAAUUCAAAGAGAAAGUACAUUACAUUUCGUUCUGAACUGAUACGUGUGCUAAGGGUACCUAAUAGCUGCCGCGGUACAUACAGUCCAACUUAGAACCAUCCCCCCUCAACUACAAAGCACUUGACUACCUAGGUAGAUACAUUCAUAUUUAACCCGAUAGCUGAAAUCCGCAGAAAGAAACAGAGACGACACAAAUUUAUCCGCCAACAGACCUUAAAGAAGAAACGUGCGUCCGGCUACCUAACAAAUUUGCAUCCGAAAGCGCCAUUACGUUGUCCACGAACAAGGAAUAAAGGUAAGUGAAUACAGAGAACAAGCUCAGGAACCGAACUUGGACCAAGCUAUGGGGAACCAGUUAACAAUUCGAGGUACUGGUGAAGAGAGAAAUUCUCGAAUUGAGAUCCUCCAUUGCGAAAUCCUUCGAGCCAAGGGGCAAACAUGAAGAGAGGGGCAAAAAGAAAGAAAGGAAGGAUGGAAGAAAAGG